UGAUGCAGCAUAACACACGCUCCAUGCACGGUCUAUUGUAGGCUAGGCAGUUGCCGACAGCAGCAACCACAACAGCAGUAACCAGAACAGUAGCAACAACCAUGAUAACAGUUCCAACAACAACACCACCACCAGGAACAACAACAAUCACACGCUCUUCGUAUCACCUAAUUGGAUCUUCUGUUCAAAGAGAUCAGCUUCGCGAUUGGCAAGAUAGAGAGUAUGAAGAAAGUCUUCGAGCUGAUCAAGCGAGGGAAGCAGAGAUUCUAAGACAACAGCGACGGGCUCGAGAGGAAGACUUGUUUUCAUCAUCUAUAAGACAGCGUGUUUCUGUUUUGCGGCCGUGGCUAGCUACUAUGUGCCAAGCGUAUAUACUCCCGGACUCCCAGUCGUCUCAACUUGGCUCUACAAUCCGGUUUAGACUACCUAACGGUAGUUCUCACAACCAAACAUUUAGAUCUGCUACUCCGCUUAAUGUGCUGUACAUGUAUGCUGGUACUAUUCCAGACAUUUUCGAUCCCGAAGCUCCGCAGCAUUCUUCACCUCUAGUCACUGUUGCAGUCGCCUCAAACAUUACAAGUCGUUCUGAAAGUCCAAACCAUAUUCCAGACAGUGAUGAUGAAACGUUGGAUGUCAUUUCUCUCCGUUCUACGCCUCCUCCUGCCAGCUCGCCAGGCGCGAAUUCAUUGUACCAACCUACAUCUCCCGAUAUCCACGAUGAAGUAACCAAUUCUGAAGCAGAUCCAGAAACGUGGAUUGAGGUUCGGCGAUCAGUUUUGGUAGAAGAUCUUAUUCGUCGUUUUCAGGAUAUCACCGAUGUUACCAGCAGGCGUGUUAGCAUAAACGUGAGUGGAGAGUCUGCAGUGGAUGUAGACGGGGUUUUUCGUGAUGUACUGACGGUGUUUUGGAAUGAGGUAAUGGAUAGAAAGUUUGACGGAGAGAUGGAGAGACUUCCCGUCGUCGACCCCAAUACGACUAAAGAAGAAUUUGUUGCAAUCGGGCGCAUUCUGGCUUCAGGUCUUAAACAGGUUGGGUUUUUUCCACUAAAGUUUUGUAGGGCAACGGUAGUAUCGGGACUCUUCGGAGAACAAGUAACUGAUGACUGCCUAGUGACAUCUUUUUUCAACUACCUGUCGGAAACUGAAAAAGAACUUAUUCGUCAGGCAGAAAGGAUGGAUGUUCUCGACGACGGCACUCAAGAAGAACUUGCCGAUCUAUUCAGUCGGUUCGGCGUAAAGCAACUGCCCACAGCUGAAAAUCUUCGCGACAUAGUGCGACGAGUUUCUCAUUCUGAACUGUUGGCAAAGCCAGCCUUUGCCAUGGAAGCAAUAAAGAACGGCGCGGCUUCUUGCCUACCAUCAACUAGAUGGUACGAGGAAAAAUUGGCAGAACUUACACCAUCUGCAAGAAAGGUGGCCACUCUAAUAGCAGAGCCAGACGCCAUGUCUGCUAGUCAGCAGGCUGUCUAUAACUUCCUGCUCAGAUUCAUCCGGAGUCUGAAUGCAGAGAUGCUAGGACGCUUUUUGCGCUUUUCAACUGGGAGCAGUGUUGUGACGGUCGAUAUCGUAAAGGUCGAUUUCAAUGCAUUGACCGGACUCUCUCGCCGCAUCACAUCACACACAUGCAAUCCAUGCUUGCACUUACCCACUACAUACUCAAGUUACACCGAUUUUCGCGCAGAGUUUAACAGCAUACUGACUGGAAAUCAGUGGACAAUGAACUUUGUAUAGAGAACAUUUGCGAGUAUAGAGAACAUUUGCGAGUAUAGAGAACAUUUGCGAGUAUAGAGAACAUUUGCGCGUAACUGCUGACGUUGUCAGAUCUU